GCGACCGUGAGUCAUUUCGGAUCCGUGGAUUCUCUCUCUUAGCUCUUACUUGGUCUCAUUUCAUGGCCAUUUGAGCCAGAAAAAGGAAAGAAAAAGAUAAAUAUUCACAGAAGGAAAUAUCAAAGCUAACCCCUUUAAUCAAAUUAACCCUAAUCUCCUUCUUUCCUAGAUCUCAGAGCACGAUUCCAUAUAUCAUUUUGACUCGGAUCUUCAUCUUUACUUCAGUGACGAAGUGUUUCACUCUAAGUUUAGUGAUGAGGUGCUUUGAUCUGUGCUUCUAACGAAGAGAUCUGGUUAGAUUUUGAAUCUAUAGAGUUUUGGUGGUUAAAUCUUCAUAACCUGGCUGUGAAUCUACGUAGGUUUUUAAUUGUUUGGUUUAUGCUUGAUUUGGACUUGUCAUGGAGAAGAUUUAGAAGCUAGAGUGAGAUAUUGCUCCAGAUUCUAACCCGAAGGUGUGAUUUUUAGCUGCUCUAGUGAAAUUUUACCCGAGGAUUUGCCUAGCUCUAACUUGUUAUGGAGACGCUUGUUGCUGUAGCCCAACACAGGAAUCAGUAUUAUAGCAGAGACAAGGCAUAUAAGCAAGCUCGAUUUGGGUCUUCCCCUUCUAGUCACUUCAGAGAAAUCAAUUGCCGGAGUUUCCAAUCUGGGUCAGGUAUAAUGCCAACCCCCUUCAAGACUUGCAGCACUACUGUAGCCAAAGUUGCUCCUUCUACCCCUUCCCCCUCCGCUGAGAAAACACCGUCACCAACUAUCAAAGCCCACUCUAAAUCUCACUCCGUUGGCAAUACACAAUCCAAGGCUGUUCCAAAAAGCUCUCCAAUUCCGAUAAAUGCCCCUGUGAGGGAGACGCCUUUUGAUGAUGAGCUGGAUAUCUCAAAUGAGAAUUCACCAUUCUCCGAGCUGUGGGCUGGACCCGCGUACUCAAAUUCGCCGCCGCCUAGUUCCCUUCCAAUUCCCAAGUUUUCAAUGAGGCCAAAACGAACCGUAUCGCUUGAGUUGCCCGUCUCUGAUCCUGGUAUCAAAGUGUAUCCGACUGCCAAGUCUGCCCCCGCUUCCCCCACAAGGGAACAUAGCCCAUCCACAAAAGAUCUGUUUCUAACAGUUGACUCUGCGACUAAGACUCUGCGUCGCAUUCUAAAUCUUGAUGUGGCGGAUGACUGAAGGUUGGGGGCCUUAUGCUCCUGUAAAUAUUUUUAGUGUUAGACUGUAUAUAGAGGGAAUAAAAUUUUAGUAGUGUGUAUCCGUUUAAGUUAAACUGUUAGGUUUUGCUUAUGGUGGUUGGGGGCUUUGAUGGGUCGAUAAUCUCCACAUCCAGAAUUGAGAAAUUGAUGUGUGAUGUGGAGUAGUGUUUCAGUGAUUGGGUUCUUAGCAAGUCAGGCAAGUUAUUGUAGUUAAGUGGGGCAAGGUACUUGUAGCUUCGGAAAUGUGACAUGGAUCAUGGAUGGGAGCUGACUUUGAUACCUUGGGAAAGCAGAAGGGAACCUAAAUUAGGUGAUUUCUUUGGCAAUUGGAUGGAACACUUAUUACUCUGUCCUAUUGGCUUCAAAAGGCGACGUCGUUGUUAUUCUGUCUAGUCUUUCAAUAUAACCUCCUCGUGUAAAUUCUAGUUACCGAGUAAAUAUAGGCCUAAAGUAUCAGGUGCAGUGUAUAAUCAGUGAACUCUUGUUAGAUUAGUUUCACUCCAAUCUAGUAGGUUUGUCUCUUGUUUCGUAGUAUCAUCUUUUUCAUCUAAGUCUUCUUCCUUGAUUUUCUAAUUUUCUGACAUCGCUGAAUUCCCUAAUGUUAUUUCAAUUGGCAUCCUAAACAGUUUGUUCUGAUGUAACUACUUUUCUUGGUUCUUUGUUGUCUGCAUUGACUUGUCAAUGAUCAAAACCUUCUCAUAUACAUACAAUUUCUUUCUUUGUCUCUUUUAAGUAGGUGUAAUCCCCCGUAUACACUCUGCAUGGGUGUUGUUUCCUCCUUGCCAUCUUUUCUGUAUUUUUUAGGGAAAGUGGCAAGUUAAAGUGAAAAUUAGCCGUUAUCGCAUCUGCUUCUUGGGGUUGUAAGGUCAAUCCAAUCCGUGUUGCUUUUUCGAGUUGUCGGCCUAUUAGCUUGUUGUUCCUUUUAGUGGAUAACAGGGCCCUUUAUCUUCAUGUAGCUUGUCUUUGUUGGAGACUCUUGCCAUACCACGAUAAUUGCAAGGCCACAGUUCUGGAAGAUUCCAGGAGGCUGCUUUAUGGUAGAUGUUCUUUCAUUGUUGUGUAAUAGUUUCUUGCAAGCAAAACUGCAAGAGUCCUGAGGAUACAUUUUCAGACUGUCCUGUCCCUCGUGUCUCAGAAACACAUGCUAAUGUAUGUUGUUUUUUUUGUUUUGUUUUGUUUUGUUUUGUGUACCAAGAGUCGUUUAACUAGUCUGCUGUUGGAUGAUGUUUCGUUUUACAGUUUCAUUGUGUGUUGUUGCUAUUCUAAUUUAAUGAGUCCAUCUUUUUGUUUAA